CGGGCAGCGGCGUUCCUCUCUCUCUCUCUCUCUCCCCCCACCCGCAAGCGUCACGCCGCGACGAGACUCCCACGCAGUCCGCCCCGCGUCGUCUCGUCUCGCUCUCGCCUCGCGAUGGCCGCCGCCGACUACGACCGCGCGUACCGCCCCUACGCCGCCCCGGCCCCCGCCCCCGCCCCCGCCCCCGCCCCCGCCGGCGAGUACGACCGCCCCUACCGCAACGAGGUCGUGCCCUACGGCGACCGCCGCCUCGACAUCGUCGUCAAGCCGCCCGCCAGGUCGCCGCCGCCGCCGCUGCCGGCGUCCACCAGGAGCGGCGGCGGGGGCGGGAGCGGGGGCGGAGGGGUUGGGGGUUCGGCGUGGUGCUUCAGCGACCCGGAGAUGAAGAGGCGGCGGCGGGUGGCGAGCUACAAGGCCUACUCGGUGGAGGGCAAGGUCAAGGCGUCGCUCCGCAGGGGGUUCCGCUGGAUCAAGGCCAAGUGCUCCGAGCUCAUCCAUGGCUGAGCCCGGGAUCUCGUUGUAAUUCUAUUGGGAUGGUGGAAAGAUGCUGCAACAAAGUGCAAGGGGAUGGGUGUUGGCCUGGGUGUAUUUUGCUAAUUCGCUCCCAAAUGCGGAAGAAGAUUUGUUCGUGAGAUUGUGUAGGGAACUCAUUCAUGCUGCCCCUGGUUAAAAGUGGUUAUAGGAAAGAAUUCAAAUGAGCUCUCCUGAGACUGCUUGUUAUUGCCUGCUAAUUAGCCCCCUAAUUUGUUCAAAAAUGUUUGAAGACCUGAAUCCUGAAAAAGGAAAUCCUCUGCAUGACAUGAUACUAGUACAGUAGACCAGUAUUA